AUGCCUUUUUACUUCAGUGCACCAAAUCAUUUUACCGAUGACUGGUUACAAAAGUUAAAUCAUGAUGCUGAAAUCAAUUGGAGAUUAAAGGUUAGUAAUCUGAAGAAGAUAUUAAAAGCUGUUGUGGAAUUUUUAAAUGAGAGAAUUGAAGAUAGAAUAUCUGUACAAUUCCUUCCAAAUCUUCAAGAAAUUGCUGAACAUGAAAAUGAAGAGGAUACAUUUCGUUUACUCCAGUUAAUACUUGCAUGUGCUGUCAAUUGUGACAAUAAACAAACUUAUAUUCAAACAAUCAUGGGUAUGGAAGAAACUGUACAACAAGCCCUGAUGGAAGCAAUUCAACAAUUAAUGUCAACUCGUUUGAACAUACAUGAUACCAUGGAUUAUGAAGAUCGAUUAUGUAAGACAAUAGAACAAUACAAAACAUUAUUAAUGGAAAAAGAUAAAUUAACUGAACAAUGUAAAACUCUUCAACAAGAAGUAUUUAGCUUACAAGAAGAAAAAUCCAAUCACCAAUCAGAAUUGAAUCGAUUUAGAAUUUAUUUCGAAUCAUUGGGUUUAAAUCCAGCUUUAUUAGCCUCGACAACUACAACAGCAUCAGCCACACUAUCCUCUUCCUCCUCCACAUUGACCACAUCAACAGCCACAACACUGACCUCGUCAUCAUCACCAACAUCGACAAUGCCACCGCAUACAACAAACGCGGAAUCCAUUGAAACUGGUUCAAAUCAUAGCAAUAACAAUAAUAAUAAUCCUACAGUUAACAUUAGUUUAUUAAAUCAAAUCUCUGAUUCCAUAGCAUCUAAUGCAAAUGUACUAAUGAGUCCAACUGUAGCUAAUGUACGUAUUAAUCAUUUACAAAAUCAAUUGACAAAAUUACGUGAUGAAUUAUAUCGAACAGAAUGUGAUAAAGAAGAAUUAAAAAUCCAACUUGCUGAAAUCACUGCACAAAAUCAAGAAUUAAAACAAAAGUGUACAAUUUUAACAGCAAAAGCUGAAGAAACUCUACACUUAAAAGAUGAAUUAGAUAUAGCACGUGAAGAAGCAUUGAAUGUUGUACAUUUAUCGAAAACAAUUGAACAAUUACGUAAACAUGCUGAUGAAGUGGUUAGUUUACGUUUACGUUGUACACAAUUAGAAACAGACAAUGAAAUUUGUUUAAAACGUUUAACUGAAUUAGAACAAGAAACACGUUUAAAUGGUAAUAUACGUACACAAAUUAAAACUCAAGCACGUUUACAAGUUGAGAAUGCCCAAUAUUUAACAAAUGAAUCAAUUCGACGUGCUGAAUUAGCUGAACAAAAUCUAUUGAAAAUUCGACAAGAAUUAAUUAAUGUUACUCGUGAGAAAGAGUGUAUCUUCGCUGAACUAACUCGUCUGAAAUCUUGUUGUGAAGGUCUUCAAUCUUGUGUAGAAACGUCGAAUUACGGUACACCAGCUAUGCAAUCACAAAUGUCAAAUUUACAAGAAGAAUUAAGUCGUUUGCGUACAUCAGUUUAUAGUAAUGAAAUAAUAAUGGGCAGUGGACAUAGUAUCAAUGAAAUUGGUUUCGAUGUUACUAUUACUCCUACUACUACUACUACUACUCCUAAUGCUGAUAGUACUACUAACAGUAGUAUAUUAGGCGGAGAUGAUCACAAUGUGGACAAAAAUUAUUAUUAUUCUCGUCGUACUCACAGUACUACUAAUUCUGUCACAACACAGAAUAAAUUAAUGAACACACAUGAUAAUGCUCGCGAGAAUAAUAAUUGUUCCAGUACUACUACGCAGAGUUUACCUUUAUCAUCCACCAAUUCCUCUCAACAUCAUCUACCCAUUGAUGAUCGUAAUCACAGUAAUCAUGAUGCUAAUACGUUGUUAUAUACGGAUUUGUUAACUAAGUUAACCCAAAAAGAAACAGAUUACAUUGAAAUGGAACAAAAAUAUCGUGGUUAUUUAUGGAAAGCACGUGAAGUGAUUCGUCUGUUAGAACGUCAAUAUCGACAGCAUCAACAUGAUUGUGCAAUGUAUAAAGAGGAGAGAAAAAUCAUGAUGACUACUGAUUCGAACAAUACUACUAACAAUAACAACGAUAGCAGUAGUAGUAGUAAUGAUAAAAUGCAUCAAGAAAUUGCUCAGUUACGUGAGUUAUUAGUUGAGAAAGAACGUGUUAUUGAGAAAUUAGAAACUCAUCAUGAACAAGUAAGACGUCAUCGUGAAGCAGAAGAACGUAUUCUACUCACUGCAUGGUAUAAUUUAGUGAUUAAAUCAACUAGAACCAGCAUUGAAUCAGAUUUGAAACAAAGUUCUCAUACUUAUCCUGAAACAUUGAACAGCGAUACUACUACUACUAAUAAUAAUAGUAACAAUGUAUUAUAUAACACUGAAAAUAAUUUAUCUUUCUUAGCUCGACAACGAAAUAUUCACUUGAAACCAUCGAUCGAUUUAACUUCAUUGGUUACGGCGAGAAAAUAAAGAUUGUGUUGUUGCUGUUGUUGUCGCUGUUGUGGUCUGUCUGUCUGUCUGACUAUGAUUUCUUUCACAUUCAGUACACAUCACAUCAUAAUGCCUUCCUAUCCUAUCCAUUCAUCGACCUAUCUAUCUAACUAUCUAACAUCCUUGUGCAUUUUUCACUAGGAUCCAUUACUGAAUUCCACAAUCAAUCAACAACAAAAAAAAUUAUUUUUCCGAGCAUUUCAAUCUUUUUUUUAGAAAACAACAAACUAAUAUCUCCUCUUCGUCGUCACCUUAUAUAUACACUGUGAAUGCAGCUCUCCCUCCAAACUUGUUUGUAUUUUUUACACCUUUUUUUCCAAAACUUAAUUUUAAUUGGUCAAUUCUGAAGUGACCUUCACAGACACAACCAAUAAUAAUAUUAAUAAUAAUCAAGGUCAGGGCUGUAUCAGUCUGUCCAAUCAGCGAAAGGAAUUCAUAUGAUGUUGAAUUACAAAUAAAUCAAUGUGAAUUAUGACAACUUGUGUAUGAUUAUGUUUUUUCUAAACAAAAAAAUAAUGAUUUCUUGUUGAUUUAUUUUCUAAAUCUGUUUAUAUUUUUUACUUCAUUGAUCAUUGUUGAUUUCAGAAAAGCCAGUCAGUCAGUAUUGCUGUAGCGCGGAAUCUAAUAAUAAUAAUAAUAUUUCUGUUUUAUUUUUCAUCCCAUUUCAAUAACUGAUCAAUUCCUGUGUCCUUUUGUGUUUUGUACGAAUUCGGUUUUUUUUUUGUCCCGCAACCUUUUUCCAGAUUAUUUUUGACUUGUUGGUCAAGUAAGUAUCAUCAUUUGAUUUGAUUGAAUUUCUGUAAUUUUUUGACGGAAUUCCGUUUUUUUUUCUCCUUCAAGCUGAUUAUGAAUUAGUAAAGAAUUGUUUUAUGAGAGUAUUAGUUGUAGAUUCUUGAUUUUGUUCGAGCUCAGAAAAAAGUAAUCUAAAUACUGUUUGUACUAAUCGGUUCUUCCUGUCUACCUGGUUGGGGUCCGCGAGAUGAAAGUCAUCAAAUGGUUAGAGACUUCGAACG